CUUUGUUACUGGAUUGCAAGUCGGCGGUUUUGAACUAGAGAGAAGUUUUUGUCGUCUCGCCGAACAGCGUCAUGUCAGCUACUGGCUUGACUCAAGCACCUCCCAUAGCUCCUCCUGACACUGGCAUGUGGGUUCAAUCUAACCAUGGCCAGAUGGAUGAGGUGGCUGCUGUGAUGCAGGUAAACCUUGAGAAAGUUGUGAACCAAGAUAUGAUGGUCUCAGUGGUAGAUGCCCAAACUGCCUCGACGCAAGAUGGAACCUUUCAGAUUGCGGUCUCUGGAGAGAAUAUGAAGCAAAAACACUUUUGUGUAAACUACAAGAUGAUAAUUGUUCUUGGAAUGAUCUGCACCAUUGUUCUCAUCAUUAUCAUCACAUAUUUCUGCAUAUAGAUGAACAACCAACGACCUGAGUACCUGUAAGUUAGCACAUAGGUGACUGGUGGUAAACUGUACCUUCAAAUUUUUAUUUUAUUAACUAGCAUCAUGCAGCUCUAACCUGAAGCAGCACUAUUGGAAGCCCAAUGCCUUCUGCUUUCUUCUGGCUUUAAUAAUACAUGGAUCAACUUUGCAAUUCAAAGGUCAUUACUCCUAGAAGUACUGCUUUUAAACUUGGUCUCCUUCACAUUUUUUACUGGAACUACUUGAAGUUCUAAAGCGAACCAAGUGCCUAACAUGAUAAGCCCAAGUCCAGAAACCAUCCUCUUGUUUACACCUGAAACAGAAUAGCUUCAUGUGGAAUGUCUGAUACAGUUAAGUGCUGAAUGUCUGAGAAUAGCACACAAUGUACUGACAUAGCACACAGUGCAAAUGCACAACUCUCCUCAGUUUGGACUAUGGACUCACAUCAUUCACAAUGUUGGUGUCAAACUGCAGAGCAAGAGUUCUAACUCCUCUGAGGAUAAUUCAAUUCUGAGACGAUCCCUCACCCCAGGAAGUACUACUCACAUCUCAGAGUUCUAAAAUACAUUUUGAAGAUUUGCAUUAUUAACAUUAUGAUGUAAAACAAUUAUUUCAAUGAGCAGAUUUGUCAAAGACAUUCUCUCUUAUACCCGUUAUGGAUUCAUUUCUCCAAAGUGCAUAAGGUAUUUGAAGAGCGGGGUAUUACUAAGCAUCCAAUCAAAGUAAAAAGAACUUAGAAGACACACUCAAGUGGCUUGACUCAGAAGCUCUACUUCCUUUUCCUUUGUAAUGUUAAAGAUUCCUUGCAAAAAUAGCAUAACACGAGAGUAGAGCAUCAGUGGAUAGAGCCAGUUCUAAAAUGGAAGAUCAUUUGACACUCAUUUGGAGCAGGUGCUUUCAUGAUUUUUUUUUUUUACGUUUACCAAAUGUCCAGUCAUUAAAGCUUUCCUUUGCUCUCUCAUGUCUGUUUUUUCAUGUCAUUAUUCUAAAGUUAUCAUUGUACGUACCUCAUUUGUUCAAAUGAACAUUUAGCCACAGAUGGCCUAGCUUUCCUUCAAACAUAUGCUUUCAAGCACCCAUUCCUUUCCUUUACCAAGGUCACUGUCAGGGCUGCAUUUCACAAACACAAUGACUCUCACUGAAUAAUGAGAAACUUUAAGAUACACGUAUGUAAUGUAUGAGAUACUUUUUCACGUGUCUCCCAAAUCCCUUCCUAAGCAGACACUUUAUGUGCAACCAUAAAGUACUACCUAGUUAACCCCACUCUUAAAGUUGCCUACAAAAAGCAUCACAAAUCAAUUGAGAAGCAUAUGUUUUUGCUAUUGGUCCUUUAGUGGAAUGAAAAGUAUAAAGUAAACAUGACAUCAUAAUUU